UUAGUUUCGUAAAACCCUUGCUUCUUCUAGCGCCUUUGUCUUUGCUUCUCCGCAUCACAAUUCACAUCUACUACUAAACCACCGGCGGUCCCUCCAGAACCAAAAUUGUCUGUUUGAUUAUUCAAAUGGAUGAAUCAGGGAAGCAGCCCGACUCCGAGGUUGAUUCAGAUCCUGCUAUUGUAGCUCCACCCACCAGUCCAACCAAAAAUGGCAAGAGAAGUCCGAAGGAGGUUGUUGAGAUCGAAGAUGUGGGUAGCAAGAGGCAGAAGAUAGGCAAUGAUGAUGUGGAGCAGGCUGUUGAGAGAGAGAAUUUCAAAAUGGAGACUCAAGAAAAGACUAAGGAAGAGCAAACCAGUUCCUCAAAACAACACUGUUCUUCCCAAUCUGAGGAGGAACAGAACGAGGUUGAGGUUCCUCCAGCUAUAAAGUCAGCAACAACCUCAAAAGACGGAAAGUCCGAGGAAGAUGGAGAUGAUAAUUCCAAAAAGGAGGCUGACCAACAUUUAGAAAAAUGUGUUGAGGUUCCUCCAACUAAAAACUCAACAGCAACUACACAAGAUGCAAAGAGAGCUAGCAGCUCUAUUGAGGCUGAGGAAAAAGAUGGAGAUGAUAAUUCCAAGGCGGAUGACCAACAUUUAGAAACCCCAAAGAAUAGUGAUCCCGAUGUUGAAAUGUUUGAUACUUCAUCAGUGAAGAAAGCGCCUCAAACCCCAAUAAAUUCUCAAGCUACAGGAUCCAAAACUUUGCUUAUGAGCAACUUAAGUUUUUUGAUUAAGGAAGAAGAUGUGAAAAAUUUCUUCAAAAAUGUUGGUGAAAUUGCCGAAGUCCACUUCGUCAUGAAAGAGGACUAUUUUACGGGUGAAGGGCAUGUAGAAUUUACCACUGCUGAAGCAGCUCAAGAGGCUCUCAGACUUAACAGUGAGUUGUUGCUAGAUCAACCUGUCAGGCUUGAUUUGGCGAGAGAAAGGGGUGGAGACUCUACAACAACUCCUGCCACAGGAUCCAAAACUUUGUAUCUUGGCAACUUAAGUUUUUCAAUUGAAGAAGACGAUGUGAAGGAUUUCUUCAAAGAUGUUGGUGAAAUCGCUGAAAUCCGCUUUGCCAUUAGAGAUGACAAAUUCUUGGGCUAUGGGCACAUUGAGUUCACGACUGCUGAAGCUGCUCAAGAGGCUCUCAAACUAAACAACAAGGUGAUAUUAGAUCGGCAUGUGAAACUUGAUUUGGCAAGGGAACGAGGUGCGUACACCCCGGGUAGCAGCGUGGAGAAGUCUAACCAAAAGGGAGGGCAAGCUCAUGGAAAAACCGUAUUUGUACGGGGAUUUGAUUCUAGUGAUGGUUUUGACAAUAUUAGGACUGCACUUGAAAAGCAUUUUGGGAAAUGUGGAGAGAUUUCACGUAUGUCCAUACCAAAAGAUUACGAGUCUGGGGCUCCUAAAGGAGUUGCUUUUAUCGACUUUCUGGACAGUAACGGGUUCAGUCGAGCUCUAGAACUUGAUGGAUCAGAAGUUGGAGGCAGCAUGAUAACUGUUCAGGAAGCGAAAAACCAGAGAGCUGAUAGUCGUGAAGGAUCAGGACGUGGAAGCCGUGGCUGGGGUGAAGGAAAUGGCUAUGGUGGUGGCUGGGGUGGAGGAAAUGGCAAUGGUGGGGGCUGGGGUGGAAGAAGCGCCUCUGGUGGGGGUUGGGGUGGAGGAAGCGGCUCUGGUGGUGGCUGGGUUGGAGGAAGCGGAUCUUUUGGCCGCUGGGGUGGAGGAAGCGGCUCUGUUGGUGGCUGGGGUGGAAGAAGCUACUCUGUUGGUGGCUGGGGUGGCCGGGCUAUAGGAAGUGGCUUUAGUGGUGGCAGGGGUAGAGAAAGUGGCACUGGUAGUCACUGGGCUAGUGGCAGGGAUAGGGAAAGUGGCACGGGCGGUGGGUGGGGUAGUGGAAGUGGCUAUGGCUGUGGGCGGGGUAGUGGAAGUGGCUAUGGUGGUGGCCCGGAUAGGGAAAGUGGCUCGGGUAGUGGCCGGGGUAGUGGAAGUGGCUAUGGUGGUAGCCGUGUUAUUGAUAGUGGCUAUGUUGGUGGCCGGGGUAGGGAAAGUGGCUCUGGUGGUGGGUGGGGUAGUGGAAGUGGUUAUGGUGGUGGUCGGGGUAGUGGAAGUGGCUAUGGUGGCAGUGGCUGGAGUAGAGAAGGUGACUCUCGUAGCGGCUGGAGUAGAGGAAGUGGCUUGGGUGGGAGGUCUGGUUGGGGAUUUAGCAGCAGCCGUGGCGGUAGGUUUAGUAGCAGCCAUGGUAACAGCAAUCAGGGAGGUAGCAGGUCGUAA